GGGCAGAAGACUGAGGCAGAGGGUUACUACCGAAGAGCCAUUCAGCUGGACCCUUCCAAAGGAAACUGCUACAUGCAUUAUGGCCAGUUUCUGCUGGAGCAGUCUCGUCUGGCGGAGGCAGCAGAGAUGGCAGAGAGAGCUGCAGAUCUGGACAGCUCAGAGUUUGAUGUGGUCUUCAGCGCCGCUCACAUGCUCAGACAGGCCAGUCUAAACCAGGCAGCAGAGCGGCAUUAUGAGCACGCGGCAAACCUCAGACCAGACUAUCCGGCGGCCUUGAUGAAUCUGGGUGCCAUCCUCCACCUGAAUGGGCGGCUGCCUGAGGCGGAGACCAACUACCUGCGGGCGCUGCAGCUCAAGCCUGAUGACGUCAUCACCCAGUCCAACCUGCGCAAGCUGUGGAANAGUAUCCGGCGGCCUUGA